UAUAAAAAUGAUCUAAGUACGACAUGUGUGGGAAUGUGUAAAAGUGUUUGAAAUAGUGAUAAAUCGUGUUAAAAUCAUAACAUCAAGUUAGUUCAAAUAAAUAAUCAAUUAUCUUAGAUUAGUGAAUAAUGUUUUCAACAAAAAUUAUAAUGACAGAGAUGCUCACUCGAAAAGUAGCUCGAGUGCAACCAACGUGGUUGUUUAGGUAUUUACAUCCAACAAUUGUUCAAUUUGACAGAGGAAAAAAAACACAUGACAAGAAAGGUGAUUCAUUAAAUAGUUUAAUUCGGCCUGUACGUGUCCAAUCCAACCCUGAUGAUAUCAAUGUUGGUGCUGAAAUAUCAGGAGUUUUAAAAAAAGCAGACCUUCAAAAGGUUUUAGCUACUUUUUUUCAAAGACAAGAAGUUCAUCAUCUCACCAAAGAAUACGGCCUGAGUGAUGAAUUACGUCUAUAUGCGUUCAAUAGCUUCAGAAGAUAUUGUUUAGAAGCUGAGAAUCUUCCAGUAGAUCUUCAUGUUGUCCUUAGUGAUAUUCUUCAAGGGGCUGGUCACGUAACUGAUAUUUUUCCUUACUUUAUUCGUCAUGCAAAAGAAAUAUAUCCACAUCUUGACUGCAUGGAUGAAUUAAAAAAAAUAAGCGAUUUACGUAGUCCUGCCAAUUGGUACCCAAUGGCUAGGGCUAAAACAAGAAAAAUUAUAUUUCAUGCCGGACCUACAAAUAGUGGAAAAACUUAUCAUGCUUUAGAACGAUUAAGAACAGCUAAAAGUGGUAUUUAUUGCGGGCCCCUUAAACUUUUAGCCACUGAGGUUUAUCGUAAAAUGAAUCAUUUGGAAACACCAUUUGAUUUAGUCACAGGAGAAGAAGUACUCUAUGCUAAAGAUCAAGAUCACCCUGCUGAUCAUAUUGCGUGCACUGUUGAAAUGGCUAGACUUAAUGUUCCUUGCGAAGUUGGUGUUAUUGACGAAAUUCAAUUACUUAAAGAUUCCAGUCGAGGUUGGGCAUGGACUCGAGCAUUAUUAGGAUUACCUGUUGAUGAAUUACAUCUUUGCGGUGAAGAAGGAGCAGUUGAUUUGGUUCGUGCAGUUUGUUCAACAACUGGCGAAGAUGUGGAAGUACGGCGAUAUAAACGUCUAACAGAAUUAGAAAUUCAAGAACAAGCACUUACAACGUUAAAAAAUGUUGAACCAGGAGAUUGCAUAGUUUGUUUUAGUAAAAAUGAUAUUUAUACUGUAUCAAGAAAAUUAGAACAAUUAAAUAUUGAAGUAGCUGUUAUUUAUGGUGGACUUCCUCCAAAUACAAAAUUAAGUCAAGCCGCAAAGUUCAAUGAUCCCGAACAUCCUUGUAAAGUUAUGGUUGCAACAGAUGCUAUUGGAAUGGGAUUGAAUUUACAUAUAAGAAGAAUCAUCUUUUACUCAUUAAUUAGACCAAUGUUAAAUGAAAAGGGAGAAAAAGAAAUGGAUACGAUUUCCGUUUCAUCUGCCCUUCAAAUCGCUGGUCGAGCUGGACGAUAUGGAACUCAAUUUUCAAAGGGUUACGUUACAACGUUUAAACCAGAAGAUCUCCCGUUACUACAAAAUUUAUUAAGCCAAAAACCUGAUCCAAUAACACAAGCUGGACUUCAUCCAACAGCAGAUCAAAUCGAAUUAUACUCGUAUCAUUUACCAAAAGCUGCAUUAUCUAAUUUAAUGGAUAUAUUUAUGUCAUUGUCAACAGUGGACGAUUCCUUAUAUUUUAUGUGUAACGUAGAAGAUUUUAAAUUUCUUGCUGACAUGAUUCAACAUGUUCCACUACCUCUCAGAGCUCGUUAUGUAUUUUGCUGUGCUCCUAUCAAUAAAAAAGUGCCUUUUCCUUGUACAAUGUUUCUCAAGUUUGCUAGACAAUACGCCCGUAAUGAACCAAUUACCUUUACCUGGCUAUGUCAACAAAUUGGGUGGCCAUUGCAACCCCCGAAAACAAUUUUAGAUUUAGUUCACCUUGAAGUAGUUUUUGAUGUUCUUGAUUUAUAUCUUUGGUUAAGUUACCGAUUUAUGGAUCUUUUCCCGGAUGGUAAAACAAUUCGUGAUGUACAAAAAGAAUUAGAUGCGAUUAUUCAAGAUGGAAUUAUUCAGCUAACAAAAUUAUUAAAGAAUUCUGAAACAGGAGUUAGCAGUGUAGCUGGUGUUGUCCCUGAUGAAGACGAUUUCGAGUUGAACACUCAAAAACAACAGUAUUUUCGAGAUAAUAAAGGAUCGAACAUCGGGCGAGGCAAGUUAACUGAACGACUUUUAUCACAAGGACUUUUAACUCCUAAUAUGCUUCAAGAACUGCAACGUGAAUGGAGUGAUGAGAAAAAGCAAUCCGUUGAUCGAAAAAAUAGAAAUGAUCGAUCAAAAAAACCGAAAUAAAAGACAUAGCUUUAAUAAAUACAACAAUUGAAUAUGUAAAUAAUAAAAAUAUAAUUCAUUUUUAUGA